GGAUGUCCCCGGGGAGGCUGUCACCCCUUCUCAGGGUUGCGACCCCACACAGCCCCGCCCAGGAAGAGACCGUCCCCCUCCUCGUCCAAUCAGGCGGCUCGGGAGAGGAAACAGAAGCACUUAUCCCUCCUGCUGCAGGAGGCGGGGCUUAGCUCCUCCGACGACUCCUUCGAUCAAGAGUCCUCCACUGAGGAUGAUGACGAGGAAGAGUCAUUGUGCUCCGAGGGGAGUGAGCUGGAGGAGAGUGGGUUGGGCCUACUGGCCAGGUUCGCAGCCAGCGCCCUCCCGGUAAACCCCGCCCCCUUGCCCCGUCUCCACGACAACAAACACCGUAGCAGGCAAAGCGUUCUGGGUGUCGGUUCUGGUUCUGACCUGCGUCUGAGGAAGUUCCCCUCUCUGCUCCACGGAAAACGCUCCGCUCCCCAACUCCCCCUGUUACCCCCGGCGACGCGCCACGGCGACCAGACUGGCGACGAGAUCUCGCCGGUCAAACGCAAACCCCGCCCAUCUCCCCGGUCGCCCCGGAGAUUCACCUUUGACCCCCCCGGGGGGCUAGGGGGAGGGGCUAGCGAGGAGGAGGGAUGGACACGCAGACGCAGCGAGAGGAUUUUCCUUCAUGAUGCCACCACCAAUCAGAUCUCUCCCUCCAGCAAAGACCCUCCAAUCAGCGCUAAGCCCGCCCCCAGACCUAAAACCACACCGAGGGAGGGGAAAGACUUGAAGAAGAAGAAGCUGAAGGACUCUCCCCUGAACCCGCCCUCUCUGUCUAGUCCAAUCACAGAGAGCCCUGUAGUAGCCCCUCCCCUCAGCCCUGCACGCAAGAGCCAAUCAAAAGCCAAAGCUAAACCCAGAGAGGCUCGUGGAGCGGUCAGUAGGCUGAUGAAGAGUAUGGAGGCUGACGAAGACUUCGAACCCAGUCAGGACAGCAGCUUCUCUGAAGACGAUGGACCUCCUCCGUCAAACCUGGCUGAGAGGACCCUGUCGUCAGCUCCGGUCCAGUGUGUGUUAGAUAAAGACUCUCUUCAGGAUGGUCUCAGGGUUCUGAUCCCCAUGGAUGAUCAGCUGCUGUAUGCCGGACACGUCAACACCGUACACUCCCCGGACAUUUACAGCGUGGUGGUGGAGGGAGAGAGAGGAAACAGACCUCAUAUCUACUGUCUGGAACAACUCCUGCAGGAGGCUAUUGUGGAUGUGAUGCCUCCAUCAGUGUGGAAUCUCCCUGAAGGCUGUCGUAUUGCUGCAUACUGGAGCCAACAGUACCGCUGUCUCUACCCCGGCACCGUCGUCAACGGAAGUUCAGACGGUGAUGACAGUGAUGACCUCAUCACGGUGGAGUUCGAUGACGGGGACACGGGUCGCAUCCCCCUGUCCCACAUCAGACUGCUGCCCCCUGACUACAAGAUACAGUGUGCUGAGCCCUCCCCCGCGCUGCUAGUGGCCAGCUGCUCCAGGAGGCGUGUCAGGAAGUGCAGCAAGGACACCAGUGAGACGAGGCCUAAAGCAGGGGACUCCGCCCCCAAGGGCAGAGGGAGACCGGCCAAGAAACCCAAACCUGAGCCCCCAGUGAUCCCAGACCCCCUGGAGAAGAUGUCCCCUCCGGGACCCAGCCAGGCUCAGCUCCCCACCAGACCAGCCCAAGACAGGCCUUCCUCCUCCCAGAGACCUGCUCAGGAAAAACCCCUGUCUUCCCCCAGGCCGGGACCAGGCCGACCUUCCAAGCCCACCAGCACCCCCAGCCUGCCUGCCUCCCCACGCAGCCAGAACACCAGGAGACCCAGCUCAGCUCAGGCCUCUCCCAAGCCCCCCUCUCUCUACCACCCAGCCCCUUACGGGAAGGUACUAAGGGUGGACCUGUAUAGCCAACCCAACCUCACCUCUUGUAACGUCAGUACCCAACCUAACCCUAAACCCAACCUUAAGUCUAAACUCUCCCCUUCACUACUUAAACCCAACCCUACUUCCCCUACCAUCAGACCAAACUCUCUUCUACCUAACCCUAAAACUAACCUUACCUCGGUACCAAAAUCCAAACCUAGACCUAACUCUACAGCAGAACUUCCCAGACCUGGGUCUAAAGCUAACUUUAAUCCUGAUCACAACAAACCCAGAACCGCUCCCAAAGCAAUCUCCAGACCCAAACAGAACCAUAACAAACCCCCCAGACCCACCCUGGAUCCUUCUACCAGGCCCAGAACCAUCCCCGGGCCCAGCUCUAGUACCUCUAAACCCACAACCAGCCCUGGGCCCAGCUCUAGUAUCUCAAAACCCAGAACCAGCCCUGGGCCCAGCUCUAGUAUCUCCAAACCCAGAACCAGCCAUGGGCCCAGCUCUAGUAUCUCCAAACCCAGAACCAGCCCUGGGCCCAGCUCUAAUACCUCCAAACCCAGAACCAGCCCUGGGCCCAGCUCUAGUACCUCCAAAUCCAGAACCAGCUCAGACCACUCUGCUGCCAGACCCAGAACCAGUCCCGGGCCCAGCUCUAGUACCUCCAAACCCAGAACCAGCCCCAGGCCCAGCUCUAGUACCUCCAAACCCAGAACCAGCUCAGAACACUCUGCUGCCAGACCCAGACCUGACCCUACCACCUUUAUUCCUGGUAUCUCCAGACCCAGGCAUGUCCCGGGGGAGGGCGGGUUGGGACAGGGGCGUAAGGCCCUCCCAGAGGAGCCCUUAGUAAAGCUGGACCACGAGGGCGUGACCUCACCCAAAACCAAGAAGACCAAGGCUCUGAUGCUGCUGGAGGGGAGGGGCUUACGGCAAGAACACACGCCCCUUGUCGCGGCCGCAGCCAUCCAGAAACCGGCGAGGGUAAAAAGGAGGGCUCCGGAGAGCGAAGCUGGGCCGCUGGGGAGAGAACCCGCUUACAGAACGCCUUCUCUGGGCAGAGAGAGAGACCGAGGUGGAGGGGAGGAGAGGGAGAAGAGAGGGGAGGAGAGAGGGGAGGAGAGGGAGAAGAGAGGGGAGGAGAGGGAGAAGAGAGGGGAGGAGAGGGAGAAGAGAGGGGGGGAGAAGAGAGGGGAGAAGAGAGGGGAGGAGAGGGAGAAGAGAGGGGAGGAGAGAGAGAAGAAAGGGGAGAAGAGAGGGGAGGAGAGGGAGAAGAGAGGGGAGGAGAGAGAGAAGAGAGGGGCUUCUCACGGCAGCAGUAGUUCAGGAUCUGAGGAAGAGGAAGAGACGGUGAAGAAGAGAGGGGAGUCUCACGGCAGCAGUAGUUCAGGAUCUGAGGAAGAGGAAGAGACGAAGAAGAAAACGAAGUGUAGCUCCAGCUGCUCCCACCCCUCCUCCCCAGCCUCCUCCUCUUCGUCCUCCUCUAGCACCUCCUCCUCCUCCUCUUCCUCCUCCACUGACGAGGAGUCCUCUUGCAGCUCUGACGAGGAGACCGCCCCCACUCCCCUUGGACCUCUCCCCGUCUCCCAGUCUCCAACUACCCCACGGGAGGAGGUAGAGGUGGAGGAAGAGGAGGAGGAAGAGGAACAAAUAAAAAAAAUGAAAAAGGCAGAGGGGGAAGAGGAAGAGGAGGAGGAAGAAGUAUUAGAAGAAGAUCAAUCUCCUUCCUCUCCUCCCACGUCUAUCUCCCCGUCCUCCAAGCCAGCCAGGCCCCGGGGUCGUCCAGCCCGGCAGAAGACCCAGGGAGGUGUGGGGUCGGUGGGCAGGCCCCGGGGUCGUCCAGCUCGGCACCUCCCCACCACCAAGGAGCUGGCUAAGAGACAGCGAUUACCGAGCGUAGAGAACAGACCCAAGAUCUCUGCUUUCCUGCCUGCCAGACAGCUCUGGAAGUGGUUCGGCAAACCCACACAGAGACGCGGUAUGAAAGGGAAGGCUAAGAAGUUGUUCUACAAGGCCAUCGUGAGGGGGAGAGAGAUGAUUGGUAUCGGGGACUGCGCUGUGUUCCUUUCAGCCGGCCGACCCAACCUGCCCUUCAUAGGGAAGAUCCAGAGCAUGUGGGAGAGCUGGGGAUCCAACAUGGUGGUCAGAGUUAACUGGUUUUAUCACCCGGAGGAGACCAACCCUGGCAAGAAACUACACGACAAGAAGAACUGGGAUCAGAUGUCUGGUCAGUCUCUUCCUUCAUCUCUGCUCUCCUCCAACCAGAGGAAAGACUUCAUGGAGCGGGCUCUGUACCAGUCGUCCCACAGCGACGAGAACGACGUCCAGACGGUCAGUCACAAGUGUCUGGUGGUCAGCGUGUCAGAGUACGACGCCAUGAGCCUGACGCGUCGCUACGCCGACAGCCAAGACCUGUACUACCUGGCCGGGACGUACGAACCCACCACCGGUAUGAUCUACAACACGGACGGAGUCCCCGUCAUCUGAUGAACCAACACGCUAACGACACCGGACCCUCGACCUCGAACCAAACGCCGAAGGUCCAUCCUGUCAACUCGUAACGUUUCAUCCAACGAACGGAAGACCACCUGAGAGAGAGAGAGAGAGAGAGAGAGACUACAGACUGUAUUUACAAACGCUUUGAAACACAAGGAUCUUCUCUAUAGACACACACACACACACACAGAGACUUCUACCUGUAAAUACAUACAAUAAUUCUAACACUCAUAGAUAUAAAUAUAAAAGACAGGAAGUGAUUUUAUUUACUAGGGAAGAAAUCCUCCUCUCUGGAUCAUAGCUGUAUGUCACAGUAGUUUUGAUGAGAGGAGGAGGUCUGUCUAUCUGACAGAGGUAUUACACUAACAUAACGAGAGAGAGAGAGAGAGAGAGACAGA